UUUCGUUUUCCUGAAAAAGAAAAAAAACAAAACAAAAAGAACGAAACAGUUAUGGCGCUGAACAAUGGUCUAAGAUCAGCUUCAAAGCUCCUCUCCUCUUCUCAAUCGCUUCUCUCCAACUCAGUGAACCGGGGUUUCCACUCAACUGGGGUGAAGAGAAUGGGAGGACAUGGACAUGAUGAACCAUACUACAUGCAUUCAAAGCACAUGUAUAACUUGGAUAGGAUGAAGCAUCAGGCGCUAAAGAUGUCUCUUGGUGUGUUUACUGCCUUCAGUAUUGGUGUUGGCGUUCCUGUAUAUGCUGUCAUUUUCCAGCAGAAAAAGACUGCUUCUGGCUGAGUCAAGAUGUUUCGGUUGCAAUAACAGAAACACUCAGAAAUGCUUUCAUUGCUGUUUGUUGUUAGGGAUUUGAGUUGAUGACAAUAUUACAAUUUCAAGGGUUUGCCUUUUCUUCGUUCUGUUCCCAAUUUGUUUUCUUUCGUAGAAGUUGAAUGGGAAUUCUUAUAUUGCAUUUCAUAAUAAUGUCAAAUGUUGGAAUCUAUUUGUAUUGAAUGUUGGUUAUACUAAACGCUUGUUUUAGAACCAAA